AUGGACUGGAGCAAUGUGACGGCAGAAGAUCUGAUCGAAGCCCUCCGUGAAGUUGAGUGGUCGUCUCCUCCUCGCCCAAUCUCCGAAUUCUUCUCAAGGUUCACCGUGCCCCGGUCGUAUUCGAAGUGGACUAGUCGCAUCAAGUGCAAUCUCUACUAUAUAUUUAGCUCCUCAUUGAUUUUUGUGGUCGAUUUUGCGCAGCUAUCGGACAAACUACUUCAUCAUGAUUAUUUUCAUUCUUGUUUUGCUAACAAUUGGUGCUACAGCUUUGCAGGUACUUUUAAUGAGAAGGUGACAAGAACAGUAAGGCAGUUUUCUCCUCAUUUAGCUGCAAAAAUGAGGCCUCCUUUAACACCUGUUAUCCGCGGUCGGCCAUCAGCUAAAAGAGCAAUUUAUAUAUGUGGAUGGCCUCGUUGGGUGUUUGUCUUAAUAUUUGGUGCUGCGAGUUUCAUGCUCUGGUUUAUUUCUUGUGGGCUCUUAACUGUACUAUGGGCAUUUGCAAUUGGCCUUCUUGGCACCCUUCUUCAUGCUAGCUUUAGAACACCUAAUCUGAAAGCACGGUUGAACACAUUCCGUGAGGAAUUUCGUGCAGUUUGGCGCAAUUAUAGUGAGAUGUAA